GGCAACCCGCAAGUUCCGAUCCCUCCGCCCCUUCACCGCGGAGUUGUCGUUCGUCGUCGUAUAGGAUUUUUGUGAAAUGGCUUCAAGAAUUAUCAGGAAAAUUGUCCCGAGCGCAAAAGCGGGCGCUGCACGAUACAGCACUGGAGUGCGCAAGGUCACGCUGAUCCCAGGCCACGGUAUCGGGCCCGAAAUCACCGUCGCCGUGCAGAAGAUUUAUGAAGCCGCCAAGGUUCCUAUUGAGUGGGAUGAGGUGGAUGUCAACCCUGUUAGGGGACCAGAUGGCAAAAUGGGUAUCCCUCAAAAGGUCAUUGACUCAGUAAAUGCCAACAAGAUAGGCUUAAAGGGCCCACUCAUGACCCCCGUUGGCAAGGGUUACCGAUCUCUCAAUCUGGCAUUAAGAAAAGAGUUUGAUCUAUACGCCAAUGUCAGGCCUUGCAAGAGUUUGGAUGGAAUCAAAACCCUAUACGACAACGUAGACGUAGUAACAAUCAGAGAGAACACAGAGGGUGAAUACUCCGGCAUAGAGCACGAGAUUGUUGAUGGAGUAGUGCAGUCCAUCAAGCUCAUCACCGAAGAGGCCAGCAAAAGGGUGGCUGAGUUCGCCUUCCAGUUCGCCAAAGACAACAAUAGGAAGAAGGUCACUGCUGUACACAAGGCUAACAUUAUGCGAAUGUCAGACGGUUUGUUCCUGCGUUGCUGCCGAGAUAUGGCCACCAAGUACCCUGACAUCAAAUUCGAGGAGCGCUACCUUGACACAGUCUGUCUCAACAUGGUGCAAGACCCUGCCAAGUUUGAUGUAUUGGUAAUGCCCAACUUGUACGGCGACAUCAUGUCGGACAUGUGCUCGGGUCUGAUCGGCGGGCUGGGCCUCACGCCUUCGGGCAACAUCGGCUUGAACGGCGCGCUCUUCGAGUCCGUCCAUGGUACGGCACCGGACAUCGCUGGCAAAGACCUGGCGAACCCUACAGCGCUGCUCUUAUCAUCCAUCAUGAUGUUGCGCCACCUUCAAAUGAACGACCACGCGGAUCGCAUUCAGGAAGCGACCUACAAGGUCCUACGUGAAGGAAAGACUCUCACUGGUGACCUCGGCGGUACGUCCAAGUGCAGCGAAUACACCCAAGCUAUAAUCUCAAAUUUAAACUAAAUACAACAAGGUCGCACCGAGAUGUAAGUUUCAACUCGAAUAUUAAAUAAAUAUUAACACGUUCACAGCCAUAUAAAGGCUCAAAAAAACCCUGUAAGUCCACCGGAUUUUGUGUCAAAUAGUUUUGUUUUUUUUUCUCUUACUAUUAUUAAUUUAUAUUAAUAUUAUAAUAUAACAUAUCGCACUGCUAUUACAAUAGUGUUGUAACUCAAAAUAUGUGAAAUUUAAUAUUAUAUCACUACUGAACGUAAAAUUUAAUUGUCUACACA